AUGGAGAAUGAUAAUGAGCACGAGGAUGAUGAGGAUCAUGUGGAUGAGAUGAUGGCGGGUGUCGAGGAUGAGUUAGGGAAACAUUCUCGUGUUUUUGAGUCUUUGACAAAGGCAGCUCAAAAGCCACUGUAUCCUGGUUGUAAAAAGUUCACCAAACUGUCUGCCGUGUUGACACUUUUCAACAUUAAAUCCAAGGGAAAUUGGACAGACAUUAGUUUCAAUUCCCUGUUAGAAGUGUUAAGUGAGAUGUUUCCCGAUGGCAACGAACUUCCAAAGUCGACCUAUUAUGCUAGAAAGCUCAUGUGUCCCUUUGGCUUAGAGUAUAAGAAGAUAAAUGCUUGUCAGAAUGACUGCGUGCUAUAUAGGAAUGAAUAUGACAAUUUGGAUAAGUGUCCACAAUUCAAGCGCUUAUUUUCCAAAAAGAAAGAUGCAAAAAAUUUGAGAUGGCAUGCAGAUAGAAGGAAGAAAGAUGGUUUGUUGAAACAUCAGGCGGAUUCUCCUGAGUGGAAUAGUAUUAAUAGGUUGCAUAAGCCAUUUGGGGAUGAAGAUCGUAAUUUGAGGCUUAGGCUAUGUACAGAUGGAAUGAAUCCGUCGGAUUGCAUGAAAUGCAAGUACAUGAUGUUAUCACUUUUAAUCUCUGGUCCUAAACAACCUGGAAAUAACAUAGAUGUCUACCUUACACCGCUUGUCGAUGAUUUGAGAAAGCUAUGGGAUGAAGGGGUUUCUGUUCUUGAUGCUCAUACUAAUGAGAUGUUCACAUUGCGUGCAAUGCUUUUCUGCACCAUUAACGAUUUCCUUGCGUACGGCAACUUAUCCGGAUAUAAGAAUAAAGGAAAGAAAGCAUGUCCAAUAUGUAUCGAUGACAUGGAAUCCACAUGGAUUUCUAAGUGCAAACAUGUGUACAUGCCCCAUGGAAAGUUUCUACGACUGCACCACCCUAUUCGUAAAAAGAAGAAUGCAUUUGAUGGGAAAGUUGAAGAGAGAGUAGCUCGUAGAGUGUUGACUGGUGAAGAGGUUUAUGAGCAAGAUAAGGGUGUUGAAACGAUCUUUGGUAAAACAAUGCAAAAGGAUACAGGGUUAUGGAAAAAGGAGUCUGUCUUGUGGACACUUCCAUACUAG